AUGGAUCAGCAACACGACUACUAUAGUCCUCCUGUACCGAGAGACCAAGAUAGAGGGGUUUCAUACAAGCAGGUCUCUGAACAAGCCCAACUUUUCCUCGUGGAGUUCAAGACGGCUCGCUCGGAGGUGUUUUAUGUUGCUGAUCCCGAACAGUUGCAAAUACGAACUGGAGAUUUGGUCAUUGUAGAAGCUGACAGAGGAAAGGAUCUUGGAAAGGUGAUUUCCGAUCCCCUUUCUUCACCUUCUGAUCCUGCUCAAUCUGAACAAACAUCACCAGUUGAGGGCGAGACUGACGCUGAGACUGAGACCAAGCCUUUGGAACUUAACCCGAAGCGCAUUUAUAGAUUGGCGCUUCCUGGUGAAGUCGCUAUGUUGAUACAAAAAUCCGAAGAUGAGCAGAAGGCUCUCACUCUUUGCCAGAUCAAAGUAAAGCAGAAGAAAUUACCCAUGGAAGUAGUGGAUGCCGAAUACCAAUGGGAUCGACGCAAGUUGACGUUUUACUUCAAUUCUGAUCGCAGAAUUGACUUUAGAGAGCUUGUUAGAGAGCUAUUCAAGAUAUACAAGACGCGUAUCUGGAUGUAA